AUGAUGUCCGCAAGCAAUGAGGACCCCUUCAUUCAGGUACAAGCAGAUGUACUCGCGCAACUCCAUCAGACGCGUUCACUUUAUACCUCAUUCCUACGCAUUCGCUCCCUCAGCCCCUCUUCGAACAGCCCAGAACUGCGCUCGGCUCACUCCGAUCUGUCGAGUGCGAUUGAAGCCCUCUCCGAAGACCUCGCUGACCUCCUCGCCUCAGUUCAGGCAGUUCAAUCAGACCCCUACAAAUAUGGGCUUGAGAUUGAGGAAGUAACUCGACGCAAGCGCCUAUGCGAUGAAGUAAGAGGCGAGGUCGAAAAAAUGCAAGCCCAAAUCACCAUGAAUACUACUGAAUCGUCGAAUCCGCAGACCCGGACGAGUGGUAAUGAUGGCGAAGCCGAUAAUAUGCUAGAUACUGGGAGUGACACUUAUGCUGUCUUUGAGCAGCAACAGCAGUCACAGAUCAUGGCCGAGCAAGAUAAACAGUUAGAUAUGGUCUCGCAGACAGUAUAUAAUAUACGCCAGCAGGCUUCUGACAUGGGCCGCGAAUUAGAAGAGCAGGCCGAGAUGUUAGACAGAGUUGAUGGUUUAGCGGACCGGGUAGGGGGUCGUAUGCAAACUGGCUUGAAGACAAUGGGAACUGUGAUCAAAAGGAAUGAAGAUGUUCUUUCUAGCUGUUGCAUUGCAGUCUUGGUCUUUGUCUUGAUAUUGUUAUUAAUAUUAGUUUUAGUUUUAUGA